CUGGAAGAGGAAGCAAACUAACUGAUUACAGUCUUCCGCUCCAUCAACAACGGCAGCCAUGGCUAUCUUGGCGUUGCCACUUGUCAUCUCAUUUCUCAGGCCCAGCCCCUCCCUCCUCCGCCGUGCACCACUCGCCGCCACACGCCUCCCCUCGAUUCUCCUCCGCCGUCGCCAAUUCGCCUCCCUCCCCGCCUCCGCCUCCACUCCUCCCACUUCCGUCUCCCCUCACUCUACUUCGGCACAACCCAACACUCUCCCUCAAGCUCCCACCCUCACUUUCCAACAAGCCAUUCAGCGCCUUCAGGACUAUUGGGCUUCUGUGGGAUGCUCCAUUAUGCAAUGCAGCAACACAGAGGUUGGAGCUGGGACUAUGAAUCCUCUUACAUAUUUAAGGGUCCUCGGUCCAGAACCAUGGAAUGUUGCAUAUGUAGAGCCUAGCAUCCGCCCCGACGAUAGCCGAUAUGGAGAAAACCCAAAUAGGCUCCAAAGACACACUCAAUUUCAGGUCAUAUUGAAGCCUGAUCCUGGAAAUUCACAGGACCUUUUUAUCCGCAGCCUAUCAGCUUUAGGUAUUGAUGUUACUGCUCAUGAUAUACGAUUUGUGGAGGACAAUUGGGAGAGUCCAGUUCUUGGUGCUUGGGGUUUAGGCUGGGAAAUCUGGAUGGACGGGAUGGAGAUUACGCAAUUCACCUACUUCCAGCAGGCAGGAAGUCUCCCGCUAUCACCUGUUUCCGUAGAAAUCACGUAUGGCCUUGAGCGUAUCAUUAUGUUACUACAGGGAGUUGAUCAUUUCAAGAAGAUCAAAUAUUCCGAUGGAAUUACAUAUGGAGAGUUGUUCUUGGAGAAUGAGAAAGAAAUGAGUGCAUAUUACUUGGAGCAUGCCAGUGUUGAUCAUGUUCAAAAACAUUUUGAUUUCUUUGAGGAGGAAGCUCGUAGAUUACUUUCUUCAGGCUUAGCAAUCCCUGCGUAUGAUCAGCUUCUAAAAACAUCUCAUGCUUUCAAUAUAUUAGAUUCCAGAGGCUUUGUUGGGGUGACGGAGCGUGCUCGAUAUUUUGGUCGAAUGCGUAGGUUAAUAAUUGUUCCAGAGCCAGGUUGUCGGCACCAUGGAAAGGGCUACCUAUUGGCUGGAUUAAGUUUAGCUCGCCAGUGUGCACAACUUUGGUUGAAGACUAGGGAGAAUCUUGGCUUCCCUCUUGGUUUCAUCUCUGAACCUGAUAAUUUUGUAUUGCCAAAAGAAGUUCUUCAGGCUGCUUGUGAGAAGGUGCAUGAUCAGUCAAGAGCAUUUGUUCUUGAAAUUGGAACAGAAGAGAUGCCCCCUCAAGAUGUUGUAGAUGCAAGCAAGCAACUGAAAGAUUUGAUGCUGCAAUUACUAGAGAAACAGAGGUUAAAGCAUGGCAACAUGCAAGUUUUUGGCACCCCACGCAGAUUAGUGGUUGCCAUUGAAAAUCUUUCCACAAAACAAGCAGAAGUGGAGGUUGAGGUUCGAGGUCCUCCAGUUUCAAAAUCGUUUGAUCAUGAAGGAAACCCAACAAAGGCCAUUGAAGGAUUUUCCCGUAGAUACUCUGUUCCACUGGACUUGGUAUACCGAAAGGUUGAUGGAAAAACAGAAUAUGUUUAUGCUCGUGUGAAGGAGCUUUCAAGAUAUUCUUUAGAGGUUCUGUCUGAAGAUUUGCCUGCUACUAUUUCUAAAAUAUCAUUUCCAAAGACGAUGAAAUGGAAUUCUCAGGUGAUAUUUAGUAGGCCUAUCCGUUGGAUUUUGGCUAUGCAUGGAGAUGUAGUAGUCCCGUUUAUGUUUGCUGGGGUAUUGAGUGGAAACUUAUCUCGUGGUCUUCGCAAUACUUCUUCAGCUAUCCUCCAGGUUGAAAGUGCAGAAUCUUAUUCAGUUGCAAUGAAACAUGCGGGAAUCAAUGUUGCAGUUGAGGACCGCAAGAAAAUUGUUGUUCAGCAAUCUAAUGCAUUAGCAGAAAGUGUAAAUGGCCAAAUUGUUAUUCCAACAGGCUUGCUUGAUGAGGUUGUAAAUCUUGUUGAGGCACCUAUUCCAGUGCUUGGAAAGUUUAAAGAAACCUUCUUGGCCCUUCCAAAAGAACUUUUGACCAUGGUUAUGCAAAAGCAUCAGAAAUAUUUUGCUGUAUGUGAUGAUGAAGGACAGCUGUUGCCUUAUUUUAUUGCUGUUGCAAAUGGAGCAAUUGAUGAGACUACUGUGAGGAAAGGAAAUGAAGCUGUCCUCAGGGCUCGCUAUGAAGAUGCCAAGUUCUUUUAUGAGAUGGACACUCGUAAAAAAUUCUCUGAAUUCCGGAAGCAACUUAAAAAUAUUCUGUUUCAUGAGAAGCUUGGAACCAUGUUGGAUAAGAUGACUCGUAUAGAAAACAUGGUGAUUAUGCUAAGUUGCAUCCUGAAUAUUAGUGAAGAUAAACAACAAAUCAUCCGGGAUGCUGCCUCGCUUGCUAUGUCUGAUCUUGCCACUGCUGUUGUCACUGAAUUCACCUCACUUUCAGGAAUAAUGGGGCGUCACUAUGCCAUUAGAGAUGGAUAUUCAGAGCAGAUUGCAGAUGCCUUGUUUGAGAUCACGCUUCCUAGAUUUUCUGGGGACAUGCUACCUAAGAGUGAUGCUGGCAUAGUUUUGGCCAUUGCUGAUAGAUUAGACAGCCUGGUAGGUUUGUUUUCUGCUGGAUGUCAACCUAGUUCUACAAAUGACCCAUUUGGUCUGCGAAGAAUCUCCUAUGGUCUUGUACAAUUGUUGGUGGAAAAGAACAAAAACCUUAACUUGAAAGAGGCUCUGCAACUUGCUGCAGAUGCACAAUCCAUCAAAGUGGAUCCGCAUGUAAUAGAUGAUGUAUAUCAGUUUGUUACUCGAAGAUUAGAGCAGUUUCUGGUUGACAAGGGAGUGAGUGCAGAAUUUGUUCGUUCUGUCCUUGCUGAGAGGGCAAAAUUUCCCAGUCUAGCAGCAAAGUCAGCAUAUAAAAUGGAAGAAUUAUCAAGAGAUACACUUUUCCCUAAAGUGGUUGAAGCAUACUCUCGACCAACAAGAAUUGUCCGUGGGAAGGAAGGCGAACUUAAUAUGACGGUGGAUGAGGCUGCUUUUGAGACAAAUGAAGAGAGAGUUUUAUGGAGCACAUUUUUGUCAGUUAAAGAGGGCAUUAAUCCUGGUCUUGACAUUGAUGAUUUUGUUGAGAUUUCAUCUCAGCUAAUACAGCCGCUUGAGGAUUUUUUCAACAAUGUCUUUGUUAUGGUGGAUGAUGAUAAGAUCAGAAAAAACAGGCUAGCUAUGCUAAAAGAAAUUUCUGAGCUUCCAAGAGGAAUAGCAGACCUCACAGUUCUUCCAGGAUUUUAAGGAUCCAUAAACAUAAUAUUUAUUCCUCAUAGGAUAGACCAAUUAGUUUUUGUUUCUUGGUUUCAUUCGAGUUUGUAUAUGCUACCUUGUGGCUUUAUUCUUGAGGAUAGGGGCUAGCUUGUAAAUUAGUUGUAGCAUAUGUAUUAUCCUUUUGGAUAUUCUUCAUUCAUCAUCAUAUAAUAAAAUAAAA